GACUCAGUGCAGAAGUCUGAAGGACGCAUGGCAAUUAGGCUGAGCUGCCUGAUCCAGAUGUUAAAAGGGUUGAUGGAGGUGCCACAGCCAAAGAUGGCCGCAUAGGGAGGCUUUUGUCAAUGCAAGCUCAGGCCCUCAUUCGCACACCUGGAACUCACCCAGAAGGCGUUCUAGAAAAUGUUGCAAGUUUGUAGAACAGGUUUGUCAAGUAGAUUCGGACAACUCAAGUGCAGCCCACGUCUGCAAGCCUCAAACAAUCACGCCCUGCUUCGCUCUUUCUUGUCAGGCUCCAAUUGCCUUCCUUUCCCUGCUCUGGUUAGCAAAGUGCUACUUUGGGGACCUGGGCAACAUACCACUCGAUCUGGUAGCGGUGCACUUUCAAAAAUACACUAUAAUUUUUACACGUCCAGUUUCUCACAAUUCAGGAGUGCUGAGCGGGCCUGCUUGAUGGAAACCAACGCCAACCACUCGCAUGCUCAACCAGUGCCAACACAGGAGUCAACCACCCUGGACGCUUUGGAUCCAGCGGAGCUACAAUUGGUGGAAGUUGGCCUGCGAAAUGCACUAGCAGCUUUGCAAACUGGCGGAACUAACGCUGCUGUCCUGUCAACUAGGAUAUGCCAGCAGCUCUUAGAAGAAGAACCAAAUCAGAAUGAAGCUAGCGCCGCUAAUGCUACCCCCGGCCAUAGCCAGUCCGGAGUCUUGUCGCGUCCGCUUGUGCGCCACGUGGCGUGGGCCCUCUUGCAGUGGCACAAGGCUGGGCGCUUCCCUGUUGAGCUGCCGCCCAUUGAGGGCCUGCAGGAAGAUCGUAGCUGGGAAGGGGAACUAGAUGGCUGGACACGAAAGAUAGAGACAGCGCUUGGGGCCCUUCUUGAGGUUCGAAAAGCCGCUCUGAGUCUCCACGUCCAAGAGCCAUGGUUCUCCCACUUGAAAAGCGGAGCGAAGAGCGUGGAAGGGCGGUGUGCAAAAGAAGCGUAUACCAGGCUUGAAGUUGGAAGUAUACUUUUGGUGAACGACUCCCUGCUUCUCCAAGUAAAGGCCUCCGUUAACUACGACAGCUUUUCCUCCCUCCUGGCACAAGAAGGGCUCCAACGCGUUCUACCAGGCUGCGCCUCGCAUGUUGAUGGCUGCACGGUGUAUCGAGCUUUCUACACGGAAGAGCAAGAGAGGGCGGCCGGCGUUGUGGCAAUCCACGUGGAGCCUUGCCCAGAGGACACGCAACCCGUGCAUCGUAUCAUGACUCUUCUGCAAGAGCUAGGACCGCGCCCCCUCUUUUUGCUGCUGCGAAUGCGGAGGACCGCGGGCUCCAUCGACGAUCUGCUGGCCCCCUCUCGGGCCACCAUGCUGGCGGCCUUCGACGCACUGAACGACCCCAAAAACCGGCUCACCGUCGGCGCCCGCGCCUUGACGAAGCACGCCCACCGGUGCAGCCACAACUGGUGGGGCGUGCCCACCGGCUCAGAGCAAGCCAAAAACGAGCACGCGCGAGCAGUCGUUCUGCGGAUCCUGGACGGCGCGGUGUGGCAGAACGCGCACCUUUUACCGCACGACGUGGCCGUCUUCGAAGCCCGCGUGGCAGAGGGGUACGGCGCGCGCUGGUCGGCCGACGGAACACAGUUCCGAGGCUUUCUGGAGCCGCAGAUGGAAGGCGGCCACCAGCGAGGAUGGCGGCACUAAAGAAGCUUCCCUGGUCGCAGCCGGGGUCGAGCACUUUGACUGGCCAACGUUUGAAGACUCUCGGAGUCAGACUCAGUGCAUCGUUAGCAGUUCACAUUCAAGGCACGCUUCUGAAAAUUCAAGAGAUCAUCGAUCUGGCAGCGUAGCAGUGCCCCUCGAUCCGAGGAAUUCAUCACAGAAUUGUUGUGACACGGAACAGUCUUGUUCCUCGGUGUAGAUUAUACAGACGCUGAAGAAACAGGAAACGAAUUGAACACCAGACUCAUUGACAAGAUGAGAGCUUAGCGAAACUUAGUCUCAGGUCUACGUAGCCGCAGAAUCUUGCUCCUUGAAAGAGUGAUGUCAAAGCUAGCUUGGGUCACAGUGUAGGGCGCGGCUUUGCUGACAACGUGCAUUAGUUUCAGGCACGCAGUGGAGACGGCGCACACUGUGUCGCCGAGGACCAAGACUGGAGUGUCAUCUGACACACUGUGUCAGAAAGGCGCAGUCCGGCAGCAUUACACGGAGAUAGCGUGCAUGCGAAAUAGUUGCCUAACUGCUCGAGAAGUCGCCUAUCAGCCCUUUGCAGCAUGCGGGCAUAUGAAUCAGAAGGUAUCGC